UCAAAGAGACGGGGAUGGAGCCAGUAAAGUUGGAAUGAAUCCUGAAAACUUCUCUUUAAGUGAACAGAUUGUCUCUCCUUCCUACAUUCGACAAGGUUCACAGGCUCGUCGCACACAUGAGCACUUAAUUCGGCUGCUAAUAGAAAAGGGUAAAUGCCCAGAAGAUGGAUGGGAUGACAGUACCAUUGAGCUUUUUCUACAUGAACUGGCCAUUAUGGACAGCAAUAACUUCCUGGGUAAUUGUGGAGUUGGUGAGAGGGAAGGAAGAGUGGCCUCAAACCUCGUCGCUAGAAGACAUUAUAGGUUUAUGCAUGGAAUUGGAAGAUCAGGUGAUAUUGCAGCUAUUCAGCCCAAAGCGGCUGGAUCCAGUCUCCUGAACAAAAUUACAAAUUCUGUAGUCCUGGACAUUCUUCGAGCUGCAGGUUUGACACAAUUAGUAUUAGAAUCAUAG